CAACUAAGCCAGAAAUUUAAAAACAGCAAUUUGGAAAGAUAAGCAAGCUACAACAUCCAAAUUCAGGCUCAUCUUCUGAAAAGGCUGGUAUGGCUGAGGGUGCGAUAAGCUUAUUAAUCCUGAGGAUAAGUGGCAUCUUAGCCAGUGAAGCAAUAAAAUCAGCAGCUUCAACGCUAGCAAGGCAACCAUCGGCCAUGAGAGAACUCAUGAAGGACAUAAGCGAGAUCAAGGAUGAGCUAGAAAGUAUGCAAUCCUUCCUACGAACUGCUGAGAAAUUGAAAGACGCCGAUGAGAGCACCGCCAACUAUAUCAAACAAACAAGAAGUGUUGCUUUCGACAUUGAGGACAUUAUAGAUGAGUUUACAUACAAGAUUGGCGAGGAGCAAGGAGGGAUUCUAUCUAAAACCAUUAAGAGAUACAGAAACACAAAUAGCUGGAAUCACCUUACUAGGCGGCUUAGAGAAAUCAAAAAUAGCCUCCAAAACAUUAAAGAGAGAAGGGCCCGAUAUAAUACGGAAGCAAUUGAUAUCAAGCCAAGCCCUUCAAAAGUUGGAGGUAGAAGUAAUAGUCCUGCAGAAUAUGCGCAUUUUGUUAAAGAGGAUGAUCUUGUGGGAAUCGACGAAAACAGGGACUUACUACUUAGAUGGCUGAAGGAUGAGGAGCAGCAAAACAUGAUAAUUAUCUCUGUGUGGGGGAUGGGUGGUUUGGGGAAGACUACUCUUGUAACUCAUGUGUACAACAACAUCAAGACUACCUUUGACGCUUGUGCGUGGGUUUCUGUAUCUCAAAGUUAUGAUACUAAUGAUUUGCUAAAACAAAUCAUAAAGGAAUUCUGCAGGGAAGAUCAUAAUAAAAUCGCAAUAACUGGAGACAUUGAUGUUAUGGACUAUAGAAGCUUGGUUCAAACGAUCUGCAGCUUUUUACGAAACAAAAGGUAUGUAAUCAUUUUGGAUGAUGUAUGGAGUAUAAAUGCAUGGUUUGAUAUAAAAUAUGCAUUCUUGGAUGGUAAUAACAAUAGUAAGAUAGUGCUAACAACACGAAUUUAUGAAGUAGCACUAUUAGCUCACGAGCACUACAGGCUUGAACUCAAGCCACUAGAACCAGAUCAUUCAUGGAGCCUCUUCUGCAAAAAUGCAUUCUGGAAAAGUACCAAUAGGGUUUGCCUCCCGCUAUUAAAACAUUGGGCCGAAAAAAUUGUAGAGAAGUGUUGUGGCUUGCCAAUUGCCAUUGUUUCUAUAGGCAGUCUCUUGUCCUUUAAGGAACAACUUGAUACUGAAUGGGAGAAGGUCUACAGAGAUCUUGAAUGGCAGCUAACUAGCAACUCUCCUUUCAGUGAAAGAGUGAACAGCAUUCUGAAACUUAGCUUGGAUGAUAUUCCCCAUUAUCUAAGAAACUGCUUUUUAUAUUGUUGCAUUUUUCCGGAGGAUUACAAGAUUAAACGGAAGAGACUUAUAACGCUUUGGGUAGCAGAAGGUUUCAUUGAAGAAAAAGAAAGAACGUUGGAGGAAGUAGCUGAGGGCUACCUCAAUGAACUUGUUCAUCGGUGUCUACUACAAGUGGUAGCAAGGAACGAAUUCAGAAGGGUUAGUAAAUGUCAAAUGCAUGACAUAGUUCGAGUCCUAGCUCUUUCCAAGUCAAAGGAGGAAAAUUUCUACAUGGAUUACAAGCAUUCAAGGACUUCACAGAGGUGCAAAGCACGCCGCAUAUCAGUAACAAGUGGUACAAUUGAUCAUUGGAAUGAAGAUAAAUCCUAUUUACGCUCAUUACUUCUUUUUAACAGUUCCAUGAGUUGUGAUUUACUAAAGUCAGUCUCAAAAUCUUCAAAAUUCUUAUGUGUCUUGGAUCUACAAGGUUCUUCGCUUGAGAAAGUACCAAGUGAAAUUGGCAACCUAUUCAACCUGCGUUUCCUGGGCCUAAGAGAAACGAAAAUCGAGAAGCUACCGAAAUCAAUUGGGAAGCUGCAAAAUUUACAGAUAUUAGAUGCCUAUCGGAGUAGAAUAAAAAGUUUACCAAAUGAAGUAACGAAGCUCAGAAAGUUGAGGCAUUUAUUUGUAUUAAUUACCGCAGAUAGGACGUACAGCAGUUUGGCAGCUUUUGGCAGUGUACCAACACCAAAAGGGAUAUGGCACUUGAAGGACUUGCAAACUCUACAAUUUUUUGAAGCAAACUCAGAGAUGGUAAAGAAGGUGGGAACCUUGAUGAACUUGCAGACAUUUGGUAUCACCAAAGUACGAAUGUUCGACUGUGAAGACCUGUGUCGGGCUAUCGCAAACAUGAAUCGUCUUGUCCAUUUGGAGAUUGUGGCAAAAGACGAGAAAGAAGUACUGCAUUUGGGAGCUCUUCGUCUGCCACAAUCUCUCCGAAGAGUGAUGUUGAUGGGGCAGUUGGACAAAAUAUAUUCCUUACCUCAAUGUUCCAUGUUCUUUGGGUCCCUUACAGUUGGGGAUCCGCUUCCGUACAUUCAAACAUUACCUAGAUUGUUGAUCCUUCAACUUUGGCAAGCAUACGACGGCAUGAAGUUGUGCUUCAAAACAGCAUCAUUUCCAACUCUAAAGGAACUGUCAAUACGGGAUGCCCUGCAGCUCAAUCAGAUAGAAAUAGAAAAAGAAGCGAUGCCAAGCCUACAAGAUCUUAGUCUCUCAGGUUGCCCGGAGCUGAAGGUGCUGCCUCAAGGCAUCGAGUACCGCGCCACCCUUCAGGUGUUACAUUUUGGAGAACCAGCAGAGGAGCUUGUUGCGAGGCUUCGUGGAGGAGGAGAAGGUAGAGAUGAAAGCCACGAAGACCAGAUGAAGAUUCGACACAUACCAAAAGUUAUUCAUUCAUUCAAGAAAGAUGGCAAAUGGGUAUCGGAAAGGAUUCCAUGAGUGUAUAUGUUGGAAAAGUAUGCCUGUUUGAAAUCAAAACUUGCUCUUUGAGAGGGCCUCUAGUGUACGGGUGCAUUUAAGUAGGGGUGCUCUUUUAGUAAUGGCUCAGGUCUUU